AUGGCGCACGAACUUGAGGGCAUUUUUGCAGAGCUGGGCAUUUCCCAGUACCUUGGUAUCUUUCUCGAGCAAGGCUUCGACACAUGGGAGACAAUACUGGACAUCACAGAGUCCGAUUUACUUUGCAACAGGGACGCGCUUGGAGUCAAAUUAGGACAUCGACGUAAAUUGCAGAGACGCAUUGCCAACUCGCGAGGCCUUGCCCCCGAUGCAUCGCUAGUAUCGCCCACUAGAGCGACCGCCGAGGAGCCCAAGCCUGAAGCUCAACGGCCAGAGCAACCUCGACCCGAAGUCAAAGACGGCCCUGUCGUCACCAAGCGCAAGUACCGCCGGCAUCCCAAGGUUCGUUGA